CCGGGAGGCGGUCGGAAGGGAGGCGGGAGGCCCGCGCGAGGCCGAGAGGGCCAGCGGCGGGGCGGGGCCGGUCAGCGGGCGCGGCCGGACGGGAGUUCCCCGGAGAAGGCGCCUCCAGCCCGAGUCCCGCCCCGUUCGUAGAUUUCGGUUCCUGCUCCGUGACACCCUCUUUGCAGCUACUUUACUACCGCUGUCGGGUCUGGACCCACCUUUGCCUCUCGCAGGGAGCUGAUCCCACUGCCUGGAUCCUUCGCAGAACUACCCCCUAGCCAGAGACGCUGCGCCCAGCCCCCACCCGACCCCCACACUCCUCUUCUUUAGGGGACAGAGGUUGAGGCUCAUCCCCUUGCCCGGGUCCCCACAGUCCCCAGGCUUGCCCAGUUCCGGGGACUCAUCACCGGGACGCUGCUAUGGACGACAUUUUCACCCAGUGCCGGGAGGGCAACGCGGUUGCUGUGCGCCUGUGGCUGGACAACACCGAGAACGACCUCAACCAGGGGGAUGACCAUGGCUUCUCCCCCUUGCACUGGGCCUGCCGAGAGGGUCGCUCUGCUGUGGUUGAGAUGCUGAUCAUGCGGGGGGCACGCAUCAAUGUGAUGAACCGCGGGGAUGAUACCCCUCUGCACCUGGCUGCCAGUCACGGACAUCGCGACAUUGUACAGAAGCUGUUGCAGUACAAGGCUGACAUCAACGCAGUGAAUGAGCAUGGGAAUGUGCCCCUGCACUAUGCCUGCUUCUGGGGCCAAGACCAAGUGGCAGAGGACCUGGUAGCUAAUGGGGCCCUUGUUAGCAUAUGCAACAAGUAUGGAGAGAUGCCUGUGGACAAAGCCAAGCCACCCCUCAGACAGCUUCUCCAAGAGCGAGCAGAGAAGAUGGGCCAGAAUCUGAAUCGUAUUCCAUACAAGGACACGUUCUGGAAGGGGACCACCCGCACUCGGCCCCGAAACGGGACCCUGAACAAGCACUCGGGCAUUGACUUCAAACAGCUCAACUUUGUGGCAAAGCUCAAUGAGAAUCACUCAGGAGAGUUGUGGAAGGGCCGAUGGCAGGGCAAUGACAUUGUCGUGAAGGUGCUGAAGGUUCGAGACUGGAGUACAAGGAAGAGCAGGGACUUCAAUGAGGAAUGUCCUCGGCUCAGGAUUUUCUCGCAUCCCAAUGUUCUCCCAGUGCUAGGAGCCUGCCAGUCUCCACCUGCUCCUCACCCCACCCUCAUCACGCACUGGAUGCCAUAUGGAUCUCUCUACAAUGUACUACAUGAAGGCACCAAUUUUGUCGUGGACCAGAGCCAAGCCGUGAAGUUUGCUUUGGACAUGGCAAGGGGCAUGGCAUUCCUACAUACACUAGAGCCCCUCAUCCCCCGGCAUGCACUCAACAGCCGCAGUGUAAUGAUUGAUGAGGAUAUGACUGCCCGGAUCAGCAUGGCUGAUGUCAAGUUCUCUUUCCAAUGCCCUGGACGCAUGUAUGCACCCGCCUGGGUAGCCCCUGAAGCUUUGCAGAAGAAGCCUGAAGACACAAACAGACGCUCAGCAGACAUGUGGAGUUUUGCAGUGCUUUUGUGGGAACUAGUGACAAGAGAGGUGCCUUUUGCUGACCUCUCCAAUAUGGAGAUUGGAAUGAAGGUGGCACUGGAAGGCCUUCGGCCAACCAUCCCACCAGGUAUUUCCCCCCAUGUGUGCAAGCUCAUGAAGAUCUGCAUGAACGAGGACCCUGCCAAGCGGCCCAAGUUUGACAUGAUUGUGCCUAUCCUGGAGAAGAUGCAGGACAAAUAGAACUGCAGGGUCCUUGCCUAAACUCCGAAGUGUCAGGACAUGGUUGGGGAGUGCAACUCCCCAAAGCAGUGGGCCUCUGGCUGCCUCCCCUUCCUCCAGUCAUGGUACUAUCCCAGCCACGGGCCCAUGCCCUGGCCCCAUCCCUAUCACUGCAGCACCAAAGGGGGCUGGGCUCAGAGCUUUGUCACUUGCCACACGGUGUCUCCCAGCGUGGGAGGGAUCAGCCCCGCCUGUCACAAUAAAUUUUAUUAUGAAAACAG